UAUAAACCACUUUUUUUGUGCAUGUGUUAAGAAAAUAAUCAUAUGCAUUGACUGACCUUCACGCAGUGUGGCUUGAGUGUCAAAAUACUUUUUGGGGUCACUCUGUAUAUCACGCUAGUGAUUGUUUAAUCAUUUUGUGUAUAUAGGAUGAUACAUUAUUAAUUAACUAGAUGAGUAAAGUUUGAGAACAAACUUUAAGUUGGUUUGAAAGCAUAGCCUGAAGGUUUGAAGCAGUUGUAAAAGUAUGCAAGCAGCUACCAUGAUUUAACACAUUGCUUACAUGAUUUAACAUGUUGUUAACAUGUUUUAGCAUAAUUAGCUUGUUGCUUGUAUUUUUAUAGGCUGAUUAAAAUGUUGUUAGCAUGAUUAGCAUGUUGUUAGCAUAACUGGCAAAUUACUAGAAUGUUGUUAGCAUAAUUAGCAAGUUACUAGCAUGUUUCUAGCCUGAUUAGCAUGUUGAUAUCAUGCUUCGCACAUGAUUAGCAUGUUACUAGCAUGUUUCUAACAUGUCUAACAUGUUACUAGCUUGUUGUUAACAUGGUUCUAACAUUAUUAGCAUAUUACUAGCAUGUUGUUACCAUGAUUGGGAUGUUGCUAGCAUGAUUAGCAUGUUACUAGCAUGUUGCUAGCAGGAUUAGCAAGUUACUAUCAUGUUAUUAACAUGUUUCUAAUAUGGUUAGCAUGUUACUAGCAUGUUACUAGCAUGAUUAGCAUUAUACUAGCAUGUUGUUAGCAUGUUUCUAGUAUGAUUAGCAUGUAACUAGCACGUUUCUAGCAUGAUUACCAAGUUACUAGCAUGUUGUUAGCAUGAUUAACAUGUUACUAGCACAUUGCUAGCAUUUUUCUAUCAUGAUUAGCAUGUUACUACCAUUUUGCUAGCAUGAUUAGCAAGUUACUACCAUGUUGGUAGCAUGAUUAACAUGUUACUAGCAUUUUGUUAGCAUGUUUCUAACAUGAUUACCAUGUUGCUAGCAUGAUUAGCAAGUUACUAGCAUGUUACUAGCCUGUUGUUAGCAUGCUUCCAGUAUGAUUAACAUGUAACUAGCAUGUUUCUAACCUUGUUACCAAGUUACUAGCAUGUUGUUAACAUGAUUAGCAUGUUACUAGCAUGUUGCUAGCAUGAUUAACAAGUUACUAGCAUGUUACUAACAUGAUUAGCAUGUUACUAACAUGUUUCUAACACGAUUAGCAUUUUGCUAACACGAUUAGCAUGUUACUAGCAUGUUGCUAGCAUGAUUUAGAUAGCUAGAUAGAUUAGAAAUAUUAGAGUGGAAUCUUAAAUGAGUGUAAACUGAUUAGAAAUAGUACAUAGAAGGGAAGCUUGAUUGAGCCUCAAGGGAUUCUGGGAGUUUUGAUUUGAAUUUUGUCAGUUGGAGUUCGAAUAGUGUUGUUCAUUUGAACAUUCCGUCAAUGUAAGUCUAUGGGAUUUUUGGUGGGUUUGAUAGUCUGGUUUACGAAUACUGUAAGCCGGAUCAGUCUGAAAAGAUACAGCACACCGAGUCAGACCAGUCUGAAGGUCUGGGCUGAGUUUGGUGGUUCUAGCUUGAAAGCUCUAGGAGGAGACAGAUACCGAAAUUUGGCUCAGAAGAAGAAGAAUAAUAAUAUUCUUAAAUAGCAGAUCAGUAAGUUGGCUUUCUCAAGCCAACUUAAUAACAAUUCCUGUGUUCACAUUUUAGUGUAAAUGAUUUAAGCGCAGGGAGGGAAGGAACGUGCACUCUGUUUGCAAACAGCGCACACAUCUGAAGCACAAGCAGAGAGCAGCGGUCCCGCUGCGGGUUCACGGCCUGUGUCCGUUCUCGAAUUAAUGUUAAUCAAAGAACAAAAGAAAAUCUUUCACUGACCUUGACUGAAUAUCUUUAGUAAAUUUGAUGAGGAUUCAUCUAUGUAUUAUUUAUGAAAAGAAAACAGUGUUUUUAAACUUUUGAUUUCAACUUCUGUACCUGAAAUUUGUUCAUUUGUAUUUAUUUAGAUUACUGCUGAAUUUAUUUGUUUUUUCAACAUUACAUUUUAUAGGUCAGAUUUUUAAAGGCAAUUUUCUCAAUAUUGAGGCUAUUAUUAUUAUUAUACUUAAAUGUAUGUAAUCAGUGCAAGAAUUGUCAUUAAACAUCAUCAUUUGUGCAUUUUGAAAUUAUGAAUGUACAUUCAACCAAACAUUAAGUCAGCCAAAUUAAACAAGUCAGUUAUAAACCAACUAGAAGUUUCUAAUCCCCAAAAGUAAAAUGUAUAUGCUCUAAUUUAAAUUAAGACUUGAUCAUUAAGGCUGAUCAUUUCCUGGUUGUUAUAUCUUGUAAUAUGAUAUCCAGGAAAAAGGAGUGGACAAAUCGAAUAGGUAAGUGAAAGUUAACCAAAAGAAAUGAAAGUGUUGGGUGUAGUGGGGAAAAGGUAAAGCAGGUUUCACAGCAUCUCCAACAAGUGACUGAAGUAUAUUUUGGGGUUUUAGAAGUAAAAACUUGUGUCUCGCCAAGUGUCUCUACUGAGAACUGACUCCAGUCAUGGCAGACACUUUGUCCUUUCUGGAAGAGGAUUUGACAUGUCUCAUCUGUUGUGAUAUCUUCACCGAUCCGGUCACUCUGAAAUGCAGCCACAGUUUGUGUCAGGAAUGUCUUCAGCGUUUCUGGACGAUUCGGGAUGUGCCGCAGUGUCCGGUCUGUCGCAAGGAAUGCUCUCACGACGAGCCCACCAAGAGCCUGGCGUUCAGAGCGCUCUGUGAGUCCUUUAAGAAUAGAAAACCCACAGCUGUUUCAGGAGACGUUUGUCCAGAACAUAAAGAGAUGCUCAAACUCUUCUGCUUUGAGGACAAGCAGCCCAUCUGUGUGGUCUGUUACACAUCAAAGAAGCAUGAAAAUCACAAGUGUUCUCCUGUCGACGAGGCUGCCGGGAAUUUCAAGGAGAAUAUCAAGACGCAAAUAGACAGACUUCAAGUGACACUCGCUGACCUCAAGAAAGCCCAAGAGAGCUGCAUGAAACAGGCUGAGCUUAUUAAGGAAUGCACCAGUAUGGAUGAAAACCAGAUAAAGGAGGAAUUUGAGAAGCUCCAUCAGUUUCUUAGAGAUGAGGAGGAGAAACACAUCAGAUCUUUGCAUAAAGAAAUGGAACCUCAAAAUGAGAAAGUCAAGGCCAGAAUGGAGGAGCUGUCCAAACAGAUAUCAGAUCUGUCUGAGAAUAUGGCAGCUGUGUGGCAGGACAUAGAAGCUGAAAACAUCACAUUUCUCCAGAACUACAGUGAUACUUUAAAAAGACUCCAACAGCCAUCAGAGCCAAACACGACCCCUGAACUAGAGGAAUAUCAGCACUAUCCCAUUCAGACUGUGAUCUUCACCACCUGGGCCAGAAUGCAGAACCUUGUGGAACAGCCUCCUGUGACUCUGGAUCCGGACACAGCAUCCAGUAAUCUGCUGGUUUCAGACGACUGCACCAGCGUUGAGUACUCAGAAAUGAAAAUGACUGUGUGUGAUAAUCCAGAGAGGCUGUAUGUGGGAGUGCUGGCCUCACAGGGCUUCAGAUCAGGUGUGCACUGCUGGGACGUAGAGGUAAGAGACAACAACCACUGGAUGCUUGGAGUGGUGGGAGAAAAAGUGUACCGCAAAACACUUUACAAAAUGGAUCCAAAGAGCCGUUUUUGGUGUUUUCGUUAUGUGAAUUUUACAUACAAGCAAGGAAAUAAACCUGUCAGCGAUACUGAUAGCAACGAGAGGCCAACUAUUAUCCGACUGCAGCUGGACUUUGACGAAGGAGAGCUGAGAUUCAUUGACCCUUUCAGAAACAGGUGUUUGUGCACCUACACGGGUGGAUUUCCAGAGAAGGUGUUCCCGUAUUUCUGUACUGGAGAUGUGAACACACCACUUAAUGUUUUCCCAGCAAAUAAACUAAACUGCAACUAAUGCUUUUUUCCUCCCCACAUACUGUGUUUUGUGCCCAUGCCAAGAUAAUAAUCAAAAGGAAUGAUGUUUAUGCAGUGUGACUUGAAUGAGUACAUACUUUCUGGUGCCACUGUAUGUCAUUACGUAAUUAUUUAUUUAUGCAAUGUUCAAGUGUAUAAGAGUGUGUACAUUUUAUGGGUCUGGCUUUCGGUCUCAUCUACAUCCAGCUAUUUUUAGCUGAACAAAACAGCUAAUUUGCUGCUUGAUUUUGCAAACCAGUGUGUCUUACUAUAUUAUUUUAAUGUAUUAUCUUAAUUAUUAACACACUUUGUAGUGCAAACAGUUUUAACAUUUACUGGACGUUGUUAUUUUUCUCGUUACUUCCCUGUUGAGGCAUAUGAACCAAAAGUCUGGUCCAUUAAAUGAGGUGAGUAGGGUGAUGUAUUAAUAAUAAUGCAAACUUUAAUGUGAUUAUUAAUGCAAAAAGCAAUAAAGACUAUUUGGUGUACCUAUGUAAUAUUAUUGAAUUUUAAGUGAAAAGCAGUGUGGUGAAGUCACCUCUGCCAGCUGAUUGGUCCAGGGUGGUGUUGAUGUUCCGGUAGAUAUCCUCCUGAUUGUAUUGUGCAGAAUAA